AUGCUUGAAAAUCCUCCUACAGCCACCGGGGUCUUUGUCGUAGGACGUGAGAUGCCUGCUGCAGAGGUGCAAUGGGAACUCCAACAGGUGCUUCCUGCCGGGACUACUCCCUUCCAAGCUCACUGCAUGUUGAGUGGAGUAGAUUCAAACACACCACAUGUGAUGCCAGUGGUUUUGAUAUAUAGAACAGAAAGUGGCCCAGCGGUACAACCAAAUCACCUGUACCACGCACACGGACGUCUCUCACAUGAUGCUGGCAUCAGGAAGAUGAUAUUAGAAGUUAGCUCAAUUAAUGGCAUGACUUGCUUAGGGCCGAGCCCUGUGUCCUACGGUCAAUUCAUUCCGCACCUAGUCGACUCAGUUAGCUUGUCAGCUCAUGGCAAGCCCAUCUAUGCAGAAGUUGAGGUUGCAUUAGACUUUGGGCCCGAAGUUGUCGUGUUGAUGGUUGAACACAAUUCAUGGUUCCAAUCAGUUGAGCCGCCUUAUGACUCUUUGAUUGUUUCUGAACUAACAAAUUUAAACAAACAUAUUGAUAGCUUAAUCUAUUAUCGAGGUGAACCAGGCCUCGCUAUGUUGAAUGUGGAUGAUUUUAAUGAGCGGAGAGUUAAUACUUUCAUCUCAGGAUACAUUCAAAACUGGGAUGCUGACACCGAAGAGCUCACAAUACAGGUCACAGAUGAGGCAGCUGGCGUUAUGUAG